UGGAAUAACCGAAAUGCCCGCGAAUGACGGCCGCGACAGCGAUUUUGUGGUAGUUCGCGCGUGGUGUCGUCGAUGGCCACAGUAUUUCGAGCGUCGGGUGCACGGUGUAACAAGGAAACGCGCGAACAUGUUUAUCGCCGAUGGGAACGUGAUCGUUCGGAGCCAGGCCACUCGGCAUCGCGUUUGUAACAAUACCAAGAGCUGAAGCGCGAGAAGCGAACGACGGAGCGAGAGGAUCUGCCAUUGAAAAGGAAUUGGUUGAGCGAGGACGGGAAUUCGGCGAACGGGAACAUCAAGGAAGUGCCAAAUUCUAGAAGACAGCACCGCCAGAAUGUCGACGACACCUUCCAAAACAACACCCGAUUUGCAGGCGAAACAUCCGGAGACGCCGGACUUGCAGGUCAUAAUCCACGAGUUCGAAAAGGACUUUCACUCGCCGUCGAAGCACGGCGAAGCGCGGGCCGCUAAUAAGUCGAAGCCGAAGAACUUCGUGAGGAAGAUCGUGGCCGCGAUCGAGAUGAAAUACCAGAUGUACAACUAUCAGAACGAAUCGCUAGAUGAAAUUGAUGGCAAGGAAGCUAGCGGGACGGAAUGUACGAAGUUGAAACGAAAGGCGAAAUCUUUCGGCAGCUGCUCCGAAAUCUCUAGGAACGUGAACAACAGCCCCACGAAGAAGGAUAACGAAUCGCGUAGACGAUCAGGCACCUUCUCCGCGCCCUCGUGCUCCAGCGCGGAGGACUCUAAGAAUAACAGACGUUCCGCAUUCAUUGCCUCGCUUUUUAGAGUCUCAGACGACAAAAAACGUGAUUGUGGAAACGCCUGCAGCUCAGAGGUCGCUUCAUCGCUCUCGCCUUCCAAGUCCAACUCUGACGAUUCAAAGACCACCAGGCUCUCCGGGCUCACCGAAUCGCUUUCCAAACUCUCAAUCGACGAAAGACGUGAUCGCGAAAACGCGACGAAGCAGAUUGAAGAGGAAUCCAUGUACUUGGCUAUGUCGAGGAAGAAGAUCGAGGAAAUGAAAAGGAGCUCCAGCUGCUCUGGGAUCUAUGUCACGAUCUCUUCCUUAAAAUCCAGACCGGAGGACUCUAAAACCAGCAGUCCUUCCGGACACUCCGGAUUGCUUUCCAAACUCUCAGUCGACGAAAAACGUGGUCGCGGAAACAUGCCUAUGCAGAAGCGAGAGGGAUUCGCGACCUUGACGCUCUCGAAGAAGGCCGGCUGCUCAGGCAUCUCUACGUUGCCCUCGUCUUUUAAAACUGACAGCUCUACUGAAGUCUGUGGAUCGCCUUUGAAGAUCUUCAACGACGAAAGACGUGGUCGCGGAGACGGGUCAAGCCAGAUAGGUGAGAGAUCAACAGCCAUGACGCCCUCGAAGAGGAAGAGAGCCGCCAGCUGCGCGAGGAUCUCAUCUUCGGAGUCCAGUUCAGAGGACUCGGAGGCUAACGGACACUUGAGGACGCCUUUCAAGUGCACGAACGAUGACAGAUGCGGUUGCGGAAUGGCAUCGCAGAGGGGAGAAGAAUCCGCAACAACGAUUCCCUUGAAGAGGAAGAGAACCGCCAGCAGCUUGCGGAUCUUUUCUCCCUCGUCCAGGAAGUUCUGCGCAGAGGACUCGAAGGCUCGAAGGCGCUCCGAACUCUUCGGUUUGCAUUCCAUGAUCUCGUGCCACAGAAGAUAUCGUCGCGGAAACGUGGCGCAACAGAUGCGAGUGGGUUCCAUGACCUUGACUCCCCCGACGAAGAAGACAGAGGAGAUGACGAGAACCGUCAGCUACUCAGAAAUAUCAUUCUUGCCCUUGCAUACUAAGUUCAGCACAGAGGACUCGAAGGCUCACAGGCGGUCCCAACUCGUCGCCUUCAUGUCCUCGUGCGAUGGAUUAUUUAGUUGCGGAAACGCAGCGCAGCAGAUGAGAGUGGAAUCCGCGACCUUGCCUAUCUCGAAGAAGAAAACCGAGGAGAUAAAGACAAAUCCCUGCUGCUCGGGGUUCUCCUCGUCAUCAUUGCCUUCUAUGUCCAGCGCGAAGGACCCGAAGGCUCAUAAACGUUCGGGACUCUUCGGAUCAUUAUCAGAGUUCUUAAACAAAAAUAGACGCAGUCGCGGACAGGCGUCGAGAACGGUGGGCGAGGACUCCACGAUCUUGACUCUCCCGAAGAAACUCGAGGAGAUCAAGAUAAACUCCAACUGCUCGGAGAUCUCCCCGACGUCAUCGCCUUCUAACUCCGGCGUGAAUGACUCAAGGACCCAAGGUAUCAGACGCCCUAGACUCUUUGGCUCGACCUGCAAGAUUUCGAACAGCGGAAACGCGCCGAGAUCCGCAACCUCGACUCCACCGAAGAAGAUCGAGGACACGAAGAGAAACACCAGCGCGGAAGACUGCGUGCCGAAGCAGCUGGGAGAGGAAUCCAUGUCUUCGACUCCUUCCUCGACGCCUUACUCGACUCCGUCGAAAUUGAAGAACGAGGAGAACAAGGCGAGUUGGUCAGCAAUCUUCUCCUCGCCCUUCAAUCGUUACAAGCGCAGAAGCAAAGAUAGUGGUAACGACAGUAGCAACGACAGCAGCAAGUCGGUUAACGACGCGAGCCUGGUGCACAACGGCAGCCAGAAUUUGAAAGACUCCAGCUCGGGCAACUCUGACACCUUCAAACCCGAUAAGAAAGUGCCUAGAAGAAGGUGGAACAGCCCCAUCUGCCCUCUAAAAUGGCCGAGUUUGGACAACACUGAGACGAUGGUGAGACCAGAUAUGGAGAUCAGUUGGCCGGAUCCCGAGAAGACAGUCGUGGUGAAAGGUCAUGCUCCUCUUAAAACCAGCACGAUGAUCGAGGAACACUUUCGGGUGGUGAGGGAAGAAGUCCUUCGCGAUCCUCCGCGAGUCAGGGUUGUCGAUAGAAUGCCGCAGAUCGUCGGCGCGUUCCUGAAGAAGCCGAUCGAAGUCGAGAACACUUCGGUCGAAUGGAUACCGAUCACCGGCAGGAAGCUGCCGCGCAAGCAGUCGCUGAAGAAGCUGCUAACCUCCUGGGUCAGCAAGCGACCCUUCUAUAAGAACCACUCGCUGUACUCGUCCCAGACCAACUUGGUCAACGGGACCGACUUGGUCAAGGGGACCGAUUUGGUCAACGGGACCGACUUGGUCAAGGGGACCGACUUGGUCAAGGGGACCGACUUGAUAAAGGAGACCGAAUUGAUAAAGGAGACCGAAUUGAUAAAGGAGACCAACUUGAUCAUUGAGACCACCCAGAAGCUGCAGGACUCCGGCUACGAAGAAAAGUCCGCCUCCUCGUCAUCGUUGUCCUCGGUCAUGUCCGCCAAAGGGACUCUGAAGCAACCGAAAGACGACUUCAUCGAGAUGGACAGGAAGGCCAUGUUGAGCACCUUCCGCGCCAACAAUCCCCUCGCCAGUGUGUUGAACCAGACUAAUUGCCAAGAAGAUGCCACUCCUAGCAAACAGAAGAAGUUAAUGCUGGUGGAGGUGCCACUGCAGGAGCUGAAGUUGGACCUCGGUCCGAUCUAUCCGCCGAUGGACAAUUUUGUUGACAAUUCGCUGGAUUGGAAGCCGACGACGCCGAAGAUGAGCUCAAAUAGCCCCGUUCCGUCGCUGCCGCCGCUUCCAGACAGUCCCGUUCCAUCGACUUCCACGAUCAGUCCCGUUCCGCCGACGCCCACGAUCAGUCCCGUUCCGCCGACGCCCACGAUCAGUCCCGUUCCAUCGACGUCCACGAUCAGUCCCUUCCCAUCGACGCCCACGGACAGUCCCGUUCCGCCGCCGAUUGCAGAUAGUCCGUACCUGUUGUUGACGCUUCCAGAUAGUCCCGUUCUGCUGUCGCCCUCGGACAGUCCCAUUCUGCUGUCGCCCUCGGACAGUCCCAUUCUGAUGUCGCCCUCGGACAGUCCCAUACUGCUGUCGCUCUCAGGCAGUCCUAUUCUGCUGUCACCUCCGGACAGUCUUUUACCCCCCUCGCCGCCCCUAUGCAGUCGCUUUGCGUCGACGUCCGGACGCGCCAGCAUGAAUUCGAGAUUCAGCAGUCUAUGGUCCAUUAGAGAUAUCCUGCAGAAUUCCGACGAGGAGAUAGGCUUGUUGGAGGAGGAGGCGUUCAUGUUUUGAACCGCGAGUCCUCGCGCAACACAGAUCGAUUUUAUAACUGACUUGGCAAAACGAUUUAGCAAUGUUCCCGGGACGUUUGAACGCCGUCAGUCGCGCGCGUUACAUUUUAUAUUCGAUUUUAUAUGGCUGAAUCGAGAGUCCUCCGGUUCCAAUUGACGCGAUCGACGCGCACGCGAUCCUGAAAGUUUUUAAGCGACAACAACGUCCCGGGGCGAACGACAAAACAUUGCUGUUCGACGAAACGGAUUUUUAAUGGUUUUUAUUUAGCUAACGGACGCGAUUUCCGGUUUAACGUUUUGUUUUUAGGACGUAUCGUAUUUUUUAUAUUUCAUUAAGUUAGACUAAAUCGUAGGAUAGAUUUUUGCUUUUUAUCUUGACGAACUUGCUCCGCGGUCAUCGUUGCUCUGCCAAGGAGACGCGGUUUUCCCAUGGAUAGAGCCUUCAGAUGAGAGUAAUGAGGACGAGACGACGCGGAUCGCGGCGUUUUCACCUCGGAAACAUUCUCCCGAAAGACCUGUUCAUAGCGGCACGGUUCGGGCCUCGGAACCGUAAUAGCCAGAGAAAAGGGUAGUACGUGUUCCUAGUCGUUUUCCAUGGCAAAACGAUUGUCGGAGCAGACGCGCUACCGGUGAAUAAUACGCGGAAACAGGUGAAUAUAUUUGUACAUUCAUCUGUAAGGACAUGUUUACAGAGAACUUGAACGUUUUUAUUAUAGUCAGGGUUUCAUUGUAGUUUUAUUUUAUUAUAUAAUUAUAAUUUAAUAUUUAGUCAUGUUUCGUUAUAAUCAAGGUUUUAUUAUAGUUUUAUUUUAUUAUAUAAUUACAAUUUAAUAUUUAGUCAGUGUUUUUAUCAUAGUCAGUGUUUCUAUUAUAAUCAAUGUUCUAUUAUAGUUAGAGUUUUAUCAUAAUCAGGAUACUAUACAUAUGUAUUAUAAAUAAAUAUAUAUGUAUACGUCGCGGAUGUGGGCGAGAGACCACAGACGAGACAAAUUUGUACAAAUUUA